AUGUAUGAAACUAUCUAUCUAUCUCGUCUCUUAUCUAUCUAUCUAUCUAUCUAUCUAUCUAUCUAUCUAUCUAUCUAUCUAUCGAUCGAUCUAUCUAUCUUUCUAUCUAUUUAUCUAUCUAUUCAUUCUUUGUAUGUAUGUAUGUAUGUAUGUAUGAAUCUAUCUAUCUAUCUAUCUAUCUAUCUAUCUAUCUAUCUAUCUAUCUAUCGAGAUCAACCUGUCCAUAUCUAUGAAUGCCAGCUUUUCAUUAGUGCAAUUCACUUUUUCGUACUUAUGCUAAACCUACAACUGUCAUCCCGAAUAUUAAUCAUAUCCGAUCUAUCUAUCUAUCUAUCUAUCUAUCUAUCUAUCUAUCUAUCUAUCUAUCUAUGUCUGUUGACUAUGAGUGUAUUUACUCCUCUUCAUAUCUAUCUAUCUAUCUAUCAUCUAUCUAUCUAUCUAUCUAUCUAUCUAUGUCCGUUCACUAUGGGUGUAUUUACGUAUGUAUAUAUCACUCUAAGUUUGUUGAAAUUCUCUUCAUAUCUAUCUAUCUAUCUAUCUAUCUAUCUAAUUAAUUUCAAAUCCUCUUCAUUCUUUACGCGCGCAGCCUUAGUCGCAUACACGCCAAUUUGUCUGUCGUUCUAUCUCUCUGUCAAUUUUACUUUGUUGAUUAUCUAUCUAUCUAUCUAUCUAUCUAUCUAUCUAUCUAUCUAUCUGAUCCUUAUCUAUCUAUCUAUCUAUCUAUCUAUCUAUCUAUCUAUCUAUCUAAUCCUCAUCUAUCAUCUAUCUGAUCCUAAUCUAUCUAUCUAUCUAUCUAUCUAUCUAUCUAUCUAUCUAUCUAUCUAUCUGAUCCUAAGCUAUGUGAUGCUUAUCUAUCUAUCUAUCUAUCUAUCUAUCUAUCUAUCUAUCUAUCUAUCUAUGUGA